UGUCACUUAGAUCCGCGGCUCUGAUCGCUGCAGCGUACUUAUUGCUACAAAGGAGGCGUUCUAGGAGCACUAUUUGCAGCGCGCCACUGCCCGGCGGAAUCUCGCACCAGCUCGCCCAGCACAAUGUCAUCUCUCUGGCUCCGCAAGCUCGCAUUGGCUGGCGCCACGCUGGCGCCAACAUCACUGGCCUUCAGCCACUACACGCAGAAGCCCACGCAAAAGUCGACGGCGCUGCGCGCGGCGCCGCUGAAGCAGUGCGUCGGCGGCACGUGGGUGGCCUCUUCAGGAGCGGGCACCAUCGACGUCGAGGACCCGACGACGGGCGCGCUCAUCGGUCGCGUGCCGGAGGGCACGGAGGCCGACGCCCACGCCGCGCUCCUCGCGGCGAAGCAGGCGCAGCCGGCCUGGGCCAAGACCGCCCCGGCCGCGCGGGGCGAAGCCCUGAAGGCCAUGGCCCGCGUCAUCCGGGCGAACCGCGUCGAGCUCGCCGAGCUCCUCGCCUCGGAGCAGGCCAAGGUCGCGGGCCUGGCCCAGGUCGAGAUAGAUUUUACGGCGGUAUGAUACGGCGUCCUGCGAGGGGGGUCGACUCACGAUGGGCGCGACGAUGGCGUGACGGUGGGACCGACACCACCUCCGCCAUCGUGAGCCAUCGUGACGGUUCCGUCCCGCGCAGGAAUACUUCGACUACUACGCGGGCUGGGCGCGCAUCUACGAGGCCGGCGAGAUCAUCUCGAGCGACGUCUCGGUCCGUGCGGAAAUCAACAUUCACAGCACCCUCGCGUCGACCCCUACGCCAUCGACGCGACGUCUGCUCGAUGGCGUGACGGUGCUGGUCCCUCACGCGCGUCGUCGCCGAAUGCACCCAACUCACUGGUUGAUUUUAACAGGACCCCAACGAGCACAUCUACCUGCACAAGAUCCCGCUCGGCGUCUCGGUAGGUAUAUGUCCUUGGAAUUUCCCAGUGUUUGUGAUGGCGCGGAAGCUCGCACCGGCGCUCGUCACUGGGAACACUUGCGUCGUCAAGACGAGUGAGGUCACGCCUUUAACUUGUGCCCGGAUUACUGAGUUGUGGACCGAAUCCGACGACGCGGCGCUGCCGCCGAAGGGCACUUAUUCUGUCAUCACGGGUCUCGGCUCGACGGUUGGCGCGGCGCUCGUGUCCUCGCCGCUCGUGGACAUCGUCUCGGUCCGUGCGGAAAUCAAAAUUGCAUUUGUCAUUUCCUGAAUCAUUCGUCGACCCGCGACUCACUGGUUGAUUUGCACACAGGUCUCGAUGACGGGCUCCGUGGCCACCGGAAAAUCAAUCAUGAAGUCAGCGGCAGAGCACAUGACCAAAGUGAGCCUCGAGCUCGGCGGCAAGGCGCCGGCGAUCGUGUGUGCUGAUGCCGACUUGGACCUCGCCGUCAAGGGAGUUCUCGCGUCGCGCAUCUGCUUCAGCGGCCAGGUUUGUAAUUGCUGUGAGCGGGUUUAUGUCCACGAGUCGGUGAAGGAGGCUUUCCUCCAGAAAUUGGUGGCGGCGAUGGAGGGUACGUCUCAGUGUCCGAUGACUUGCUCACGGCGUAUUCACAUAGGCGUCAAGGUCGGCGCGCCCGCCGACGACGGUGUCGAUUGCUGUGGGUUGGUAUCGUCCGCACAGUUCGACAAAGUGAAAGGAAUGUUAGACCGUGCGGUGGCGGCCGGUGCGAAGGUCGAGUGCGGCGGAACUCCUCUCACGAACGUCGGCUAUGGGUUCGCGCCCACGGUCCUGACGAACGUGAAGCAGAGCGACGAGAUCGUGCAAGAGGAGGUGUGUUUCUGAGCGGGAACAAUGUGUCUUCGUGUUUACUUUAGUGGCGGCGGCUUCGUGACGGUUCAUUUAACACAGGUCUUCGGGCCCGUCCUGCCCGUGCUCACGUUCAAGACGAUGGACGAAGCAUUCCAGCUCGCCUGCGACACGAAGUUCGGGCUCACGUCGUCGAUCUACACGACGAACGUGGACAUCGCCGAGCGGGCCAAGAAUGAGCUGCGCUUCGGCGAGACGUACGUGAACCGCGAGAACUUCGAGGCGAUCCAGGGCUUCCACGCUGGGAUGCGCCAGUCGGGAAUUGGCGGCGCCGACGGCAAGCACGGGUUGGAGGAGUACCUCGCGUCCCACGUCGUGUACGUGAGGCGUGACCCGAGCGCGGGGAAUUAGUUACGAAGGCCCCCCUUCAGGCGAAAUUAACAGAUCUCACUUAAUAACCCCGACAACUCUGGUCCCGCU